AUGAAUACAUGUGAUAAACCAAUAAUAAAAUUACUGAUAAUUGGAGAUUCGGCUGUUGGCAAAACAAACAUUUUAAAAAGAUUCUGUGAAAAUUAAUACACCCCAAGCUUUGUUUCAACUAUUGGCAUAGAUUUCAAAUUUAGAGAUUUAGAAGUCGAAGGAAAACUAAUGAGAUUGUAAAUUUGGGACACAGCUGGUUAAGAGAGAUUCAGAACUAUCACUUCAACAUAUUACAAAGGAGCAAUGGGUAUUAUAUUGGUCUAUGCUGUAAAUAAUCUUGAAAGUUUUCAAAACAUUUAAAAUUGGAUGAAUUAAAUAAGACAGAAUGCAUCAGAAAGUGUAAUUAUUUUAUUAGUGGCCAACAAAUCUGAUCUAAAUGACAGAGCAGUUCAAUAUGAAUAAGGAAAAAAUUUAGCAGAUUCUUAUGGCAUUAAAUUUUUUGAGACAUCUGCAAAAGAAGGCAUAAACAUAAUUGAUUCCUUCUAAUGCAUUUCAAAAUAAAUUAAAGAUGUCAUGUCAUUAGAAGAAAAAGUAUAAAAUAUUAAACUGGAUUCAACACACUAGUAAGCCAAGUCCAAUUUUUGUUGUUGAUUCUAUAAAUUAAUAUUUAUUAAAAAAGAGAAUUAACAUGAA